GCACAUCUGAAGGGUUUUGUUUUCAUUUUACAGUGUCGAUCACUAAUUGGAUUCUUCUGUCAAGGCUAAAUAUUUUUAAAAAGUGGAAAUUUUCUUUCGGACAUUAUGGCAUCCGAGGAGCAGCUUGCUUUAUCAAAUAUGAUAAAGGCUGUUCAUCAGUCGCUGCGGGACCUGUCCAAGUGUUCUGAUCCCUCCCAAGUUUGGGAACAGCAUGUACGAAAUCAAAAGGAGUUGGAUCGAUAUGCGACUGCGAUGUUUAAAUUGGCGACAUCUCACUGGGAUAAAACCAUGGAGACCACCAACAAGAAAGAAAACUGCCGCAUUCAAUGGGUGAUGAACGCCUGUCGGAACUACUUCUUCACCCGCAACUUGGCUAUCUACCGAGAUAAGGAUGAACGGGUAAUGAAAGAGAUGAACGAAAACUACGUGUGUUCCGAGGAACCAUAUCCAAUUGAGAAGAUAAAACUUCUGGAUGUUGGCAGCUGCUACAAUCCAUUCGCCGACUUUCCAGAAGCGGAUGUAACAGCCAUAGACAUCGCACCCGCCACCGACACCGUAAUGUACUGUGAUUUUUUGACGAUCCCUCUGAAGGAAACGCCUCCCUUCCAUAGCAACAAUCGCGUUGAAGGGCUCCCACCGAUGUAUUUCGAUGCCGUUGUGUUCAGCUUGAUGCUUGAGUAUAUUCCAACAUCCGGACAGAGGAUGCACUGUUGUCAGAAGGCUUACGAUGUGUUAAAGCCGGAAGGACUUUUGUUAAUCGUCACGCCGGAUUCGUGUCAUCAGGGAGCGAAUGCGAAGUUGAUGAAGAACUGGCGCUAUUCGCUUGGACUCUUGGGUUUCGCGAGGGUGAAAAUCGAAAAAUUGCAGCAUAUUACCUGUAUGGCUUUUAGAAAAUGUCUUGUGAAGGAAGUUUCACAGCAGUGGUGUGCUGCCAACCAGGAGGAUUAUAUGGAGCCGGCACUUUAUAUUCCACAGGAUUUCAACACGAAUCCCAUUGUGCUUGAGAGCGUUGGACAGCAGCGUGAAAGGACCACUGAAGAGGACAACGAUAUAAGCGAAAUGUUUGCUGCAAUGCCAUGCAGCGAUGUAGAGAUGAGUUGAUUUUAAGGGAGCUAAGCUUGCACAUUUCUAGAGGGGCGUUUCCUGUAUGAAGCGUUGACUCGCUGAUGAAGGAAAGUGCUGAAUACGAUGCAAUAAAAUCUAUAUUUCCUAUAUUUUACGAGAGCUCAA